UUCACCGUUGGAAAUAUGUUUAAUUCACAAAGAAAUAACAUCAAUGGUCAGUAUUUUUCUCAUUCGACAGAAUUAAUUAAUCAUCCUAAUCAUAGAACAACAAUUAAUAAUACCGAAUCAACACCAUCAACAAGACAAAAUUCAACUUCUACAAAUCAAAUUGCAAGACUUGUUAGAAGGUUAGUUAACGGAAAUUUAUCAAGAUCAAAUAAUUCUCCUAGUUCAAGAUCACAAACAACCAGGACACAA